AUGGCUACUAGUUUUCGAGGCAGUAUAGGUCUGUUGGCCAUGGUACAGGGUAGCUAUUGCGCUGAGAAGAGCCGAUGCACAAGACUGCCACAGCGCGGUCCAAUUGGCAGUGAGGAUGACAUGUGUGCAAAAACAUGUUCGGGAACACAUAAGUUUGGUUACCGCCCAGGGAUAUCUUACGAGUUUGAUUACAACGUGAAGACGUCUACGGGAGUGAAGGGAGCUUCAGACGGAUUUUCAAGCCUCGAGAUUACGGCUACUGUUAUUUUGGAAGCUGUGUCAAAAUGUGACUUUAUUCUCAAGGUUCAAAAUGCACAGGUGUAUGAAAUGGAUCCGCAUUCUAGCAGUAGAAAGCUGUCAGCAGGAGGUGAACGGUUUCAACGCGACAUUGAGCAAAACGAACUGAAAUUUUCUUUCCAAGACGGAAUCAUCGACCGGGUUUGUGCUUCUCCAAAUGAAGCCGUGUGGGCUCUGAAUGUCAAGCGAGGCAUCUUGUCAGUCCUACAAAACAGCAUGGAUAAUUUUAGUCACGGAAAAAAUAUAAAAGAGACUGACGUCACCGGUACAUGUGACACUGAGUACACAGUGCUAUCGUCACAACAAGGUGGGCGUUUGGUGAGGAAGACGAAAGAUAUUUUUGGGUGUACAGAUCGUCAAGGAUUCCGCACCGCAAUACAAGGGGUUCCGUAUGGCGACUUGACAGAUUUCCAGUCCUUACCCUUGAUGAGUAGCACACAUGAAUGCCAGCAAGACAUCUCGUCAGAGGGACUUCUGAAUUCUGCUAGGUGUGUGGAAAGCCACUUGUUUAGACCUUUCUCUCGCGAGGGGAGUGGGGCUUUCACUGAUAUAGUACAGACACUGGAGUUCGUGCAGGAAACAACAUCGACCAAGACACCACAAGAACCGGAAGUGAAGCUUGUGGGUAUAGAGGGUGUCCUGCAGGAGAUAUGUGAAACUACUCACAAAGAUAUACGUCCAGAAUCUACAGCACUGUUCUUACAGCUUGUCGACAUCAUGAAAGCCCUUCACGAGCAAUCGAUAAGAGACGUAUAUCACCAAAUCAGGGACAGACAACUUUGUAGAGAAAAUUCACGUACGAGGAAGUUCUUCCUCGAUGCCCUUCCAUUGAUAGGAAGUAUUAGCGCACUGCGAGUAAUGACAGAAAUGAUACUCAACGAUGACGUCACGGGACCGGAAGCUGGUGGAUUGCUGACAACUCUGUCCUUCAUGCAAUCACCAUCAAAAGAAAUGUUCAAGAGAAUUGACCGAUGUUAUGUGGAGGAGGGCAAUAUACAAAUGACUAUGCUCAGUCUUCGCGCUAUCGGAAACGCUGGACAGUCAAAUCAAACUAUUAAUGUGGUCAACAACUGUUUUACACGAGUGGAAAAUCCAGUCGAGGUGCGACUUGCUGCAAUAGAUGUCUACCGUCAAUUCUCUUGUAACGUUAAGCGAUCAAACGUUUUGGAGAUAUUCACAAACCAAACUGAAGACCCAGAGCUCAGAAUUGCUGCAUACCUGGCAGCUAUAAAGUGCGCUGAUAUUGAAAUCAUCGAUAUAGUUAAAAGAACGCUUGAAGAGGAACAAGUCAAUCAAGUUGGAUCCUUUGUGUGGUCUCAUCUUACGAACUUAAAUGAAACAUCAAACCGCCAUAAACAGAAACUUCGAGAUAUACUUACGACAAUUCAUCUGGGAACCAAGUUCAAUCUUGACAAGAGGAAGUUUUCUCACAAUUUUGAAAAGUCUAUUUUUCUUCAGCAAUACAAUAUUGGAUCUUCAUUUGAAAGUAACCUUGUCUGGUCCCCAUCCUCUUUUGUUCCGAGGUCAGUUAGUGCAAAUUUGACAGUUGAUUUAUUUGGAAGAUCUGUGAACCUUCUUGAUAUUGGUGGUAGAUUUGAAGGCUUAGAUACGUUUCUUGAAUCGUACUUCGGCCCCACUGGAUACUUUUCAGAUGUUGAUAAUAAUGGGAUUGCACGACAUAUUAGAGAAUCUGCGAAGUUUCAAAACUUGAUGGAUAUUGGAACCAAGAUGCCACGUGCAACUGAGCUCAAAGGAACGUUUUAUGCGAGAGUAUUUGGACAGGAACGCGGUUAUACACGAUUUGACGGAGAAAAUCCGCUUCUUGGCGAGAAUUUUAACAUUUUGGAAAUGCUGAUAGGUAUGUCCAAUGACCAGGAAUUCACCAAGACACAUAACUUCCGGUUUCUGGACAGCAGUUUGACAAUACCAACCAGUGCAGGAUUGCCAUUAGGUUUGACAGUCAAUGGAGCCGUUACGAUUGAUAUGAAGAUUUCAGGAAAGAUAGACAUGCGAAAAAUCAUCACUAGUCCAAAAAGCGUGUCCAUUAAAGGAGCUAUUCAGCCAAGUGCCUCAGUGGAGAUAUCCGGCAUGAUGAGUUUGGACGCAAUCGUGACAAAGAGUGGAAUAAAAGUUGUAUCGAAUUGUCACACCAGUACAGCUUUGCAGGGUAAAAUUGAAUACGUUGAAGGCCGAAAUGUAGAACUUGAACUCGACAUUCCACGUGACAAAAUGGAGAUAAUCCGUUUCAAAACUCAAUUCUUCUUUAUUGCGAACAAUAGUCAGCAUGAACAGCCUAUGAUAACCAGCAAACAAUCCCAUCGUCUUUGUACCGGUGAAAUAGUUGAAAAACUGAGUGGAAUGCAACUCUGCAGCGAGUUUGAAUUUCCAAAUACAUCACAUCAAACGGAGGCGCCAUAUUUCCCACUGGCAGGACCAAUACACAUGGAUAUACAAAUACUGAAAAAGGACAAGAUGUCGGGGUACAAAUUCGAAUCAAAGUUUAUCAAAACGAGACAAGCGGUGACGGCACACCUGGAAGUUGACACACCGGGUUCGGACACAGAUCGCCGUAUAGGGGCUAGUUUUGCGAUGAAUAAUAUGGAGCCGUCUUUCAGUCUGAACAUGUUCUCACCUUGGAAGACUGUGACAUUCAACGGCGCUUUGCAAACCAGCCGUUCGCUGAGGCGAGUUUUCGGCAGAUUGACGAUGGAUUCAAGUCAUGAUUACUAUGUCAAUGCCGAACUGCUUCGAAGUCGUCUUGGACAUUCCAUUGUUUACACUCCAAGUGUAGAAAUACGUCUUCCUGAACAGAACCCUAUACGGCUCGACGGAAACAUAGUCUACCUACCCUUCAAACUUGACGUAGAUGUUGUGCUUUCUGGUGUUACAACAUCGCCAAUAACGACGAAAGAUACACCACUGAAGGAAGUGCUUGUGCUUGAUGGAUCAGCCGAGUACAGACCCGGAAGAACGGUUACCAUGGGGAUCAUUUUGCGGAAGGUUACCAAAGAAAACAUCUCCUUGUUUUGUAGGAUAAGAAAGAUUGGAAGUACAAGAAACAAAAGAUAUGAAACUAAGCUUGAUAUAAGUAGUGCAUAUAUAAACACCAAAAUACAGUCCAGUGUUGUUCAUCUGUUGACUUACGUCAUCCCAGGUGUGAUUAGAGACAAAAUCACCAUCAAUGGAAAAGGAAACCUGGCUCUAACUAAAUACCUGACAGAAAUCGCAGGUACACUAAAUGUACAGUUUAAGAAGAACCCCGAGUAUAACACAGGUAUCAGCACUGAUUUGACACACAAUGCGAGGAACACAAAGCUUGGGAUCAAAGUUAAGUACGGGGUGGACAAACAUAACACAGACAAAGUUAUUUCAUUGUUUACAACUGUUGUCCAUCGGCUGAGUUGGCCAUUUCCGACAUUAUCUUUUAAUACAACGUAUCGACACCCUGCAAAGGACAUAAAUGUGCAGUUUGAAGCUGGGCACACACAUAACGACAGAUCGAUGGAAAGUUCAGUCAGAUACACGUUAAGCAAUAAAGAACCACUUGCAUUAACAGUUCGUGUUAAAAAGCACAGGAAAACACUUUUCGGAACUCUUUUGCUAUCAUACAGUGGCAAAACUAUUAGAAUUGGUAAUGAUUUAUUGGAAACUGGUGUUGGUAUAUACAAAAAUAAGCUGACUGCUGAGUGGGAACCCGGUAAGAAGAAUACAAUAUUAACAGUAUUUCGAAUGCCAUCGACACAAGAAGUCCAAUGCUCAAUUGACAUUCAUUUCGUGGAUUAUAAACGGGUGCGCUUUUCGGGAAGUUAUUUGAUGGACCUAAACAACAUCAGUUCAUUUACGGAAUUAUCUUUAGCUGGGAGGAAAUAUGCAUUGUCACAUUCGCUUCAAUUUGAAAAUGGCGGAAUACAACUGACUACGGAUGUCAAAAUGCCAUCACGACAUUUCGUAUUAGAAUCAAAUUUUCUUCCAAGACUGCCAUUAUACAAACUGCAAACCAAUGCCAUGUGGAUUAAUGCCAACAACCCCGCUCGUCGUUUGCAUUUGUUAGUUUUAGUGAACUUAAAACACUUUGGAUUUUCGAUAUUGAAGAAAUCACCAUUAGGCCAGAUUGAUGCCGAUUUUAAUCUACACGGCGAUUUCCAAUUCCGCUCGCAUACCGACUUCCAAUGGGGAUUUCUCAAAGGCGUAGUUAUAAAUGGGACAUUUCGUAAUGACGGUAUAAAUGGAAAUACUAAUAUUCAAGGCACACUCCGCAUAUCAUCUCCUUUCAGAGGUUACCGUAGUAUAUCAGUGACUACCACUCAUAUUUCCGAUCGGGACCGAUAUUUAAGUAUCUUCAAUGUACACACAAAAUCAGGGAAGAAAAUUGCGACAUCGGUUACCAUAAGCAAACCAUUAACCGUGACGUAUUUAGUUGGCACAAUUAGUAUCAAAUCGCCAUUAAAACAUUUCCAAAUUAUCCGACUAGAUUGUGUUCAUAUCAUAGAGCGCGGUAUUUCUACCAUGACGAAAUUUUCCUGGAAUAGGAAUAUGAUUCAAAUUAACCUCAAAGGAUCGAACAGAGGUUCUGAUCACUUCAGAGACAUUGGCGGGACUUUUAGUAUCAAGUCAACAUUUCCCCGAAUUGAUUCAGUUAUCAUAGAUGGUAAACACACAGACGAUGGAAGAAGAUUUGAUAAUCAUUUCAGAUUGCUGAAAAAUGGUAAUGGGAUCAAAUACGAAGGGGAAAUGGUUCACGAUCGAAAUGGGUGGCAGCUUCUGAACUCUGGAGGUAUUUCGUGUUCAGUCUUCUCGAAAAAGUUUCAUUCCUCUUGGAAUCACACCAAUACACCUUCAGCGAUAAUGACUCAUCUUAACUCUAACUUUGGCCAACGCGUUUUGGCAAUUGAUUUUGCUAUGGACCAUACAUUGACCUUGAAAAGAGGAACAUUUAAUCUCAUGUCUAAGCUUGCGGGAAAUGUUCUUCCCAAUAUGGAGGUGUUUGCAAUGCACAUUCACAGCGACCGUGGAAUAGAUAACACAAUCACACUGCGACGAAGGACAAAGCUGCUAUUUUCUACCGUAAAUCAAAUCCAGCUAGAUGAUGGAAGUAUCGAUUCAAGCAACACGGCUCAGAUCAUGAACAAGAUUUAUCUUCUAAAGACUGCAGCACAAUAUCGCAACUAUCCCUACUCGAGUCUUGUUAAAUUCCAAUGGCCAAACAAGGAAACAUUUCACGUUUCGUGUCUGUGGAACAAAGUCAACGGACUUUAUGAUGGGAAUGUAUUGUUUCAUUCACCGAAGUUAAAAGACAUAAGUUUAGCAUUUCAACAACAUCUUGCCUCGGAAGAACUUAUUAGCACCAUGACUGCGCGUCGUAAGGCCAACAGGAUUAUCCUCAUGGAGAGUCGCUACAGAUGGGAUGAUAUCAAAUCCGUUCAUAUCGAGGCUUCAACACACUUUAAAACAAUUAGAACAUUGGAAGGGCAACUGACUAUAUCUGGGAAUUUGAGGAACUUUCAUGCUGAAUCUCAUAUCGGUAUUCAAUACCGUCCAAACAAACGUAUAGAAUUGGAUGUUAUGCUUAGCAACAUAGGGAAACUAGAAGGUACGCUGUUAUUAAGAUUACCUCAGAAAGAAGAUAUUCGAUUUGUUUAUCUUCAAAAUGGAAAUCCAACCAAUAUUCACAUGGAGUUACAGUACCAUCCGAGGAAAAUGUACGAGGUAGAUUUAAAGGUAGGACUUGGAAAAAAUGCUGAAUUUGUUAUUUUGGCUAAGACCCCUUUUACAAAGGAACUGGUGGGAAUCUUACGCCAAACAUCAUUUCCGUCAGGAUUUGCAACACACAUUGAAACAAAGUAUGGCUUCACAAAGGUUUUGAUUGUUGAUGCUAAUAUCGGAUGGAACAAGAACAUUACAGGGAAUUUCGCUUUGAAAUCGGCAUAUAUUGAAAACAUCGGAGCUGUGUUUUACCAUAAAAGGUCCUUUGGGAAUUUUAAAACUCAUUGGGAACUUCAAAGAAGGUCUAAGUUAAUAUCUGAAGGUGAUAUCGAGUUAAAUAAAGACAAGACCUCCACAAAUACAGCACAACUGUCUAUGCUUGUUCCUGGUUUCAAACGAUUCAAUGCUGUAGUUACUCAUCAUGGAAGUCUCAAACGAUUCAACACAAAUGCAAAUUUAAAGUACGGCAGUACAAAAGUUGGUAUAGUUAUGGUAUUCACAGUCAACCCAAAUCUAGACGCUUCCAUUCAAAUCGCUACUCCGGUGAGAGGGUUGAAAACAUUGCAUGCCGCAAUACAUCACGAGGGAACUCGAAAAGCGUUUAACACAAAGGUGUCAUUUGGAAUAGGAAAGUCUUCAAUUGUCGGCACUACCAGAUUUACCUUGAUACCUAUAAGCAUUGAAGUUAAUCUUCAGACACCUUUCGCUAAAUACAGACAGCGUAGAAUUUUCUAUACACACACUGGAUCGCUAUCCCAAUUUCAAUGUCAGGCGGAAAUCGUGUACAACAACAACAAACAAUUAUUUGGUGAUGUCCAAUUCAGUCUGAAGCCUUUGACUGGAACUUUUUCUUUCAUAACUCCCUUUGCUAAAUAUGAGACAUUGACUGUGAAAAUAUCCCACAACGCAAAGCAAAAGAAUUAUCAAAGUUUCCUUGAUGUAACUCUUCCAAGGGAACGGAAGCUGACGAUAUCAGCAAAUUUGGAUCUUUCCGUAAAAUCAACAGGAUCGGCAAGUGUUACAAUUAUUACACCAUUUAAGAAAUAUGACAAGAUCGAAGUCGGUAUUUCUACCACUGGCUCCCUAAAAAAGUUCGAAUGCCGAUCGCUUCUUGGGAUCGGGAAAAGACAAAUAAUUGGUUUUGCACGAUUUGAUCUGGUGGAGACCAUUGGCGGUGAGAUAGCAUUAAUGACUCCGUUUGUUGGCUACAGAAGGCUUACUCUUGUGUUUCAAUACGUCGGUGCGAGUAUAAAUUUUAAACUUCGUACAGGAAUUAUGGUUGUUGACAGUGCAUAUGAAAUUGAAUUGACAUACAGCGCGCUCAGUGAUUAUGAGGCACUUCUGGUUCUUCGUCUUCCGAACAUAGACGAUAUACGACUAUCUUCUCUGAUUUCCAAAAAAAGACGAAAACUAGUUGCUCAAGCAGAUUUAACGCAAGGAAGAACAAAUUUGGCGAAAGCAAAGUUCAAAUGCACUCUGUCCCCGCUUAAAAGGGGUUCCGGCAUUUUCAGAUCAAGGUGGACGAAGACUGCAAAGCUGUUUUUGUCGCAUGAUGGGUCAAUGCAGGAUUUUCACACAGCUAUUCGGGUAGAUUAUGACAAAACUAGUAUUGUUCUGAACACAAAGCUUGACACUUCUGAAGAUAUUGCAGGUAGUCUUCACUUUAGAAGUCCCUUUUCGUCACUUGAGCAAAUCGAUGCGUCAAUUUUUCACUCUGACCGCCAAUCCAGUUACCGAUAUCACGUUGAAAAUCGUUCAAAUUCUACAAAGGUGGCAGACAUAUAUAUGGCAGUUGAUUCAUUUAACAGAAAGGACAUUAUUCUUGGCAUUAUGAUCCCGUUCUAUGAAAUGAAUCACUCCAUUAAAGUGAAUUACACAAACGAAAAGGGUCGCCUACAGGGACGCCUCUAUUUAUCAAGAAAUCAAGACGUUAUUGAAGGCAAUAUGACAAUGAAUGUCUCCAAUGGAGUUGUAGGUCAAAUUUAUGUUCAAAGUCCCUGGUACAAUGACGUCACUGGUGCAUUUAAAUAUUCUGGAUAUGUAUCGGAAUUUCAAUUACAAGCAAAUCUGAAUUACAAUAGGAUACCUCAAUUUCAAACAAAUGUAACAUUUUCUAUUGACCCUCGAACAAUGCUGCUUCUAUCUAUAGAGACGCCAUUUGCCCAGGUUCGACACCUUGAAUGUAAAUGCAAUAUAGAUCAGCAUACCACACUUGGCUGGUUUUCAUCAGAGGUGGAUCUUUCUUUAAACAAGCAUCGACUAGCUGGAGAUAUUGACUUCAACGUCCGAAAUGGAAUCGUAGCAACAGGAUCGCUAACAACAUCAUUUACAGAAGACUUGCUCUUAUCCUUUUAUCACAAUGGCACGAUGAUGCAUACACAAUCACGGAUUAAGUUUCGUCACGGAGAGAUGCAGUAUAUAUCGGCUAAUAUAAGCUAUGACCUACCAUCUGCUAUUGAUAUUAAUGUCUCGCUUCACACUGCACAUGAACGGCUUAAUAAUUUGCAAAUUCAAAUCAGUCACUCUCACGGAAUACAUGGACAUCAUUCAAGUGCUUUAGUUGUCUACAAUACAAACAUGAAAGGUCAAGUUCAUUUCCAACUCGCAAACGAGGAAGAACGAAGUGUAUCAAUCAGUUUUGAAUCGCCACUCACGUCAACAGUGAAUACUUCAUUCCAGACACGUGGGGGAGAAUAUGUUGUAGACGUAUAUUGUAACAACGAAGAAUUAUUGUUUGGUAAACUUUCAGUCAGCGAUUACCCGUAUACAGAAGGAUUGUUGCUUUUGCGAACUGUUUUUGGAAGCUAUGGAAAUGUAAAUAUGUCACUGAUGAGAUACAAUCACAUACACAACAUAGAUAUUUCGACGAGAAGAAAAUCAUCGAACUUUUUAUUUAUGUUUUCGAACAACCGAACGACAAACGGGCUUUUGCGAAUUCGGACGCCAAUUAGCGACUUCGGAAAUACCAAUAGCGAACUCGAAAAUACCACUAUUGCAUUAUCGUACAAAUAUGACAGAGAUACCUUUGUCGCAAAUACUGAAGUGUUUAACAGAAAUGAGGAGAUGUCAUGUGACCUUGAAAUUGAUUUGCGCAACAAAACGCACAUCUAUUUCCAUAUCCGAGCACCUUUGCAGACCAGAAGACAUAUCAGCGGAACGUUAGAAUAUACAAAUACACACGAAAAAUUUUCCAACCAAAUAGCUUUAAGAAUGUCUCCAGUAUAUGUGCUUGAAUCAAACAUUGAAUAUGUCUCUUUAAACAAAUUCAAUACGAGUAUAGUUGUGCAGUCACCAUUUGCUGGCUAUGAGCAUAUGUCUCUUGGUUUUGGACAUGUCUUGCAUCAAGAUAACUUCAUAACUCACGCGGAGAUAUCUAGUCAGCAAGGAGAGAUAAGUGAAUUAGAAAUUAUUGGCUCUAUCAGAAACGAUAUAAGUGGGCAGGUUAGCAUUGCGACCCCCUUAUAUGGGUAUAAGAAAUUUUUUGUUACAUUCAGAAAGGACUUUCAAACCAAUUUGAUUGUAAUUGAUGCAGCAUUGGAACACAACAGACAGGAAUUUAUUGCCAACAUUUCCCUUUCACUUGCAACUACAAAUAUCACGAUACAAACACCGUUUAUUGGAUAUGAGUUGCUCUGCGUUGCCGUCAGUCACAAUAUCCAACCCGACCGUAUUGCGCUACUUCUUGCAGUAUGUACUGAAAUAGAUAUUUCGUAUGGUGUAACGUUAGAUAUUGGACUCCCAAACGGAGUUGUUUAUAUUCAAACACCCAUACCCGGUUAUGAGGAGUUAUCAGCUGCUUACGAAAAUGACAUCCACACCGAUACUGUUUCAAGUCACAUUGAGAUUCUAUAUGCUAGAGGUAAGAACGUCGAACUUUUGCUCAAUUGUUCUUUAGAAGAAGGUAGUUUGUUGGUACAGACACCUAUUGUUGGAUACGAAAAUAUGUCGGUGUCUUUUCGUAACAUCCAUACCAACGAUUUGUUUGUGAAUCAAGUAGAGACCAUCCUCUACAAUGGUCAACCAAGGGGAUAUAGAAUCGGUAUUGACCGUACCUCUUUAGAUGGAUAUGAAAUGAACAUCUUCACGGAAGUGAUAUUGCCACCUUUUGAGACUUUGAGAGGAUCUUUAGGAUUACAUUGGACCAGAAGUUUUGUAUUAUUUGGAAACAUUACAGCUUCUUUCAACGGCAAUUUACACGAGUUAAAUAUGACUGUUAAGCACGAAAAUCCAUUUGAUACUGCAUUACAAGAUGACCAGUCAGGUAGUCCAGUUUCGAUAGGAAAAUCAACAUCAACUAUAAGCCUUGGCCUUAAAGCAAAGAUAAACGACAAAACACAGCUAGAUGUAAAUUUAAACAAAGGUGACGAAUGUCUUCUGUCGUUAACAAUGCAAAAGCCGUAUUCAGUUCAAUUUUACGCAUGCGCACGUACACCGUCAAACAGAUACGAAGGUAACAUUUCAGACAGUCGUUCGGAAAACUCUUUGAAUGCUUACAAUAAAAUGACUGACUCCAUGUCAAUCAUACUCACUGUUGAAAGGAUCACCUUAUUUCGAAUGCAGCAUCACAGAAUUGAGAAGUACCAUUUACAAUCAGAAGCGCUUCAUGAACAUUUGUUUGUUCAAGUUGGAUCACGCGCGAUGCAAGUUAAUCAUACGUAUCAUAGGGACAAUUUCACGAUAUGGAACAAAAGCUUGGAGAUGUUUUCUGGCGAGGAGGUGAUGCUUAAGAUUCUGGGGACUGUUUCAUCGCAACAGGGAGCAACAGCGAUGAAAUGCACAUUGACAUUUCCAAGCAAUGGAUCGGCUCAUGAAAUGUAUCUAACUGUAAAGUUCAACAGUAAUAAUAUCCUCUUCGACGGAGAAAUCGGGCUGGGGAACUCUGAAGAUGUGAGCAGACAUGCGGUAAUAUAUUCACGUAUAAAGGAUGAGUCUACCAACGUGUCACAAAACUUCAGUUUCGCCGUUGGCAUCAAACACCUCUUGACGACUGUACACGUGCAGAUGUUGUCUCGCGUUGGAUAUAUAAACAAUGUUUACAUUACCAACACUGAACUAUUAUACCUGAACGCCGAUAUCGAGACCAAAAGUAUUACUUUGAAAGGAACUAUAAAUAGCGCAAUGACAGAAGCGACUUUUGAGUUUGUGUCACCAAUGAAAUCGAUACAGUUUUCCGGACAAGUCCAUGUAGAUAUUCCGUACGGGAUAACAUUACGGAACGUUGUGGAUGGGACACCAACUGUUUUGGAAUUCCAUAUUGAUCCAAUCCAGCCAAACAUUGACGGCAGAAUCGAAACACCACCUAAAGUUACUUUUCUCGAAGUGUUCUUCAUCAACGACAGUUCUUUGAGGGCUUCAAUUUUCAGCGAGAAUUUCACAGAAAGAGUAAACGAUAUAUCAGUCACAAUGAGUCUACAUUCCUCCAGAAUGAUUGAAACCAACAUCAGCUGGAGACCAUCUAUUUUUCAGGAUCUAACGUGCGACGGAUUAAACCCACGUCAAUAUUUUGAAAUAUCCACGCCUUUGAGAGUUACGGGAAAUUUAAUCAGUGAAGAAUUUAAUAGAAAAUAUAAUAACAUUAGAUUUCAUUUAUUUGAAGAACUUGCUCCGAUUUUAAAGUUGUCAGCUGAUAAAAUGCUUGAAAUGCAGGAAAGCAUUAGAAUUCUCAAAAAAGCGAUAGACCGGAACCUAUCGAAACAUACCAAUGUUAAACUGACAGUCCUAGACAUUCUGCUGGAUUAUAUAUCGCACCAUUACACCACAACAAUGACCAGAGCAGACGAUCUUUCGAACUGGAUGGAGACGUCUGCUUCUUUACAUGUUCCGUACCCAUAUAAGGAUGUUGUUGACAGAUACAUUCGGUCAGGAAUGUGCAAUACUUGAGGCUAUCGAACAGGAAGUUGGUUAUAGACUAACUACUCAGAUUCACCUAUUAAUCAAGAGACUUGGAGAAGACUAUAUCUCGGUUCUGGAGCAACUCGAUUACGCCAG